GGAUAGAUAUUUUUAUUUUGCUACGUUAUAGGUGUCUAUAGUUUUCCCGUCGAUUCGUCCGUCGCGUUAUCCGUCGACAGUGUAAUCUCGUUCCGAUAUGCAAAAUUACCGAAUAGUGAAGUAAAACAAACCGACUUACGAUGUUCGAUUUGGUUGGUUUUUUAAAGAGCGUAAUCUACAAUGUAUUGACAAUAUUUUCUUUCGGUCGCAAAAAACUAAGCAAUACGCUAAGUAUUUACGUAAAAACCAAUACUGGAAGUACGCUAGCAGUAGACCUUGAACCAGAAAUGGACAUCAGAGAUGUAAAAAUGAUGGUUGCUCCCCACCUUGGGCUGGAGCCCAAGGAAGUGAAGAUCAUUUUUGCUGGAAAGGAACUUUCCGAUAGUACUUCGAUUAGCGAGUGUGAUUUGGGACAGCAAACAAUUAUUCAUGCGGUAAAGGCAAGAGCUAUACUGCGGAGAAUGAAUGAUAAAAGACUGCUAGAAAGCAAUGCAUCAGAAAAAAUCAUUGAGACUGUUUCCACUAAACCACUAUGCGAAACAAUGACUGAUUUGCAGAUGACUGAUGAAUGUAGUGAAGAAAUGAGAGCUAGCGCUGGUGUCAGAAGAAAGGCUCACUUUUUUGUGUACUGUUCCCAGUGUGAGAAGGUAUGCACCGGUAAACUGAGAGUGCGUUGUAGUAUCUGCAAAAGCGGUGCUUUCACCGUACAUAGAGAUCCGGCCUGUUGGGAUGACGUUUUGAAAAAGAAACGUAUCACAGGACAUUGUGAGAACUACGACACUCCUUGUGUGGAAAACGAAUCCGGUGAUCCUCCAUUCACGGAAUUUUACUUCAAAUGUGCUGAACAUUUGUCGGGAGGAGAAAAAGACUUCGCAGCUCCACUUAACCUUAUAAAUUUUAACCAUAAAAAUAUUCCCUGCAUCGCGUGUACAGAUGUUAGUGAGACUGUGAUUGUGUUCCCCUGUGAAGCUGGCCACGUGACAUGUUUGGAAUGCUUUCGACAAUACUGUGUCUCAAGAUUGCUAGAACGUCAAUUUGUGGAACAUCCAUUGGGUGGAUUUACUCUGCAGUGCCCCGUAGGCUGUGAAGGUUCCUACAUUGAUGAUGUACAUCAUUUCAAAUUACUGUCGAAGGAACAGUAUGAGAGGUAUCAACGUUUCGCUACAGAAGAGUACGUACUUAGAAACGGUGGAGUCCUAUGUCCGCAGCCUGGCUGUGGAAUGGGCUUACUGGUGAACCCUGAAUGUAAGAGAGUCCAGUGCUUAGGUGGCUGUGGUUUUGUUUUUUGCCGUAACUGCCUACAAGGCUUCCACCUUGGGGAAUGCUUGGAGACACCACAGCCUAAUUCAGAAUCGUCCCAAGGUUAUACAAUCGAUCCACUGCGUGCUUGUGAUGCGCGUUGGGAUGAAGCGACAAAAAUUGCCAUUAAAGUGACGACCAAACCAUGUCCGCAGUGCCGAACUGCAACCGAACGGGAUGGAGGAUGCAUGCACAUGGUUUGCACCAGAUCCGGUUGCGGUUACGAAUGGUGUUGGGUGUGUCAAACCGCUUGGACCAGAGACUGCAUGGCAGCUCACUGGUUCGGUUGAACUUAAAUACUUAGCUGUGAAAGAAAUGUGUGUACGUACUAAUAGAAAUAGUGCCAAUAGCGGUUGAGAUUAUCCAAAUUUUA